GUUUAAAAAUCUCUCAAUUUCUCUUCAUGAUUGAAAUAAAAAACACGGAUUGUUAGUGAUUUUCACCUGCCAAUAAUUUCAUGAUUGCAUUUUUGGUUUGCGCUUUGUUGUCAGUCCAGGGCAAACCUGCUAGAAAUUUGAUUUUUGGCGGUUCUGCAAUUUAAGCGCUGGCAUAAAAACUUUGCUCUACACAAUGUUAAAGUUCAGAAAUUGCUUCAGGAAAUGUUCCGUUAUUGGAAUGAUCCACGUUCUACCAUUACCAGGCACUCCCAAUUUCUCAGGUUCCAUCACCGACAUUAUUGAGGUUGCAAAGAAGGAGGCAUUAAUCUAUAAAAAUGAACAAGUGGAUGGUGUUCUUAUCGAAAACAUGCACGACAUUCCGUACCUGAAGGCAAAGAGUUUGACACCUGAAACGACAGCGUUCAUGACUAGAGUCGCAACAGAAGUUAGAAAUAUUUUGCCAAAAUCGGUCAAGUGCGGCGUCCAGGUUUUAGCUGGUGGUAAUUUGCAAGCUUUAGCCGUUGCUCAAGCAGCUGAGUUGGACUUCCUCCGGGCGGAAGGUUUUGUUUUCGGUCACGUUGCAGAUGAGGGUUAUAUUGAUGCCUGCGCCGGCGAGCUGUUGCGAUAUCGCAAGAGACUAGACGCAGAAAAUAUUCUCAUCUUCACAGACAUAAAGAAAAAACACAGCUCCCAUGCAAUAACAGGAGACAUAUCAUUGGUAGAGACAGCACACGCUGCUGAAUUUUUUCAAAGUGAUGGAAUCAUACUGACGGGAGGUAGCACUGGAUCUCCAGCGGAUAAAAAUCAAUUAAAGGAUUUGAAAUUAAACGCAGAAGUUCCGGUGAUAAUUGGAUCCGGGGUGGAUAUUGACAAUAUUGAAGAUUACAUAGAGGCAGAUGCUUUCAUUAUUGGAUCUCACUUCAAAGAGGAAAACAAAUGGCAGAAUAAGUUACAGCCUAAGAAAAUUGCCGAAUUCAUGGCAAAAAUUAAUAAACUGAGGUAGCACAUUACAAUCCAGUCAUUUCUUCCGGAUAAGCAAGUGCAAAAAUAUUGAAAAGGAGUUGAAAAACAUUCAAAAUGAGUCAAGAGAAAAGUAGAAAAAAUGUAUUCUUUAUAAUUUUCAUGAUAAAACAGAAUGUGUAAAAUUUUUGUUACGAUAUGAAAUAAAAUUUGGAAAGAUAGUCUUUCCAUAACAGAUAA